AUGGGGUUAAAAGGAGCAUUUUUGCUCCUCUUCUCUGUGCUCUGCACCAUCUCUCUAAGCUUGGGAGAUGAUGUCACCGUGACCGUCAGAUCGGUCACCACCAUCGGACGUACGGAUGACAACUUGGUGUGCGCGACGCUGGAUUGGUGGCCGAAGGAGAAGUGCAACUACGGGGUUUGUCCAUGGACUAAUGCUUCCAUCAUUGACAUGGAUCUCUCAAAUCCAGCUCUUGUCAAUGCUAUCAAAGCUUUUAACCCCUUGAGGCUUCGGCUUGGAGGGUCACUCCAGGAUCAAAUAAUCUACAAAACUGGAAAAUAUUAUCCGAGGUGUCAAAGUUUCCGGUUGGACCCGAAGUCGCUGUUCGGGUUCACAUCAGGUUGCCUCACCAUGGACCGGUGGGACGAGCUCAAUCAAUUCUUCAAUGAAACUGGAGCUGUAAUAACAUUUGGAUUGAAUGCACUGAUUGGGAGGAGAAGGGCUUCAAAGGAUGGGCUCUAUGUAGGCAACAUGAACCCUACUAAUGCUUACAACUUGAUGAAAUAUUCCCUCUCAAAGGGUUACAAAAUCGAUUCUUGGGAACUCGGAAAUGAGCUCAGUGCAGGUGGAGUUUCCGCGAGGGUUAACGGAGUGCAGUACGGGGAGGACCUGAUCAGAUUGAAGGAGCUUAUGAACAGAUUGUAUGCGAAAGAGGCGAAUCCUCCGAAGCUUAUGGCCCCUGGUGGCUUCUUUGAUGCUAAAUGGUUUGCUGACAUGCUCCAAACAUCAGGGCCUAAUGUUGUUGAUGUGGUUUCGCAUCAUAUCUACAACCUCGGCGCAGGUGUUGACAAGGACCUAAUAUACAAGAUGCAAGAUCCCUACUUCUUGUCUGAGGUAGCUGAGACAUACAAGGAUCUUGAGGUCACCAUUCGCGAUUACGGCCCGUGGAGCUCUCCUUGGGUCAGCGAGUCCGGGGGCGCUUUUAACAGCGGAGGCAAGGAUGUGUCGGACGCGUUCGUCGACAGCUUCUGGUAUUUGGAUCAGCUUGGAAUGGUCUCUACUUUUGGCCACAAGGUGUUCUGUAGACAAGCUUUGAUAGGAGGAAACUAUGCACUCCUCAACACAACUACAUUUGCUCCUUUCCCAGAUUACUUCAGUGCUUUGCUGUGGCACCGAUUAAUGGGUUCGCGAGUUCUCGGGACUUCUCACAACGGCUCGCCGUAUCUUCGAUCCUACACUCACUGCUCCAAAGGAAAGUCGGGAGUAACUGUACUGUUGAUCAAUCUGUCGAACUCGACUUCCUUCGACGUGUCGGUUGUCGGAGACAUGAACUUGUAUCCACCUGUAGUCACACAAUCUAUUGAAUCAUCAUCAACAUCAGCAUCAUCAAAUGGAGGACAAGGAGGACAAAGAGAGGAGUACCAUCUGACCCCUCAAGGUGGUGACCUCAAGAGCAAAGUUAUGCUACUAAACGGCACGCCUUUGACGGUCGGCAGCAACGGCGAGAUCCCCAACCUGAGCCCUUCGGUUGCUGACGGUUCAGCCCCCGUACACGUCGCUCCGCUGUCGAUCGUCUUCGCGCGGUUCAAGGACUUCAAGGCCCCUGCAUGUUCUUGAGUGGUGAGAGCUUGUCAGUAGUCUCUGCAAAGAAGAGAGUGAAGAGUUGUUCGAAUUGGCGAACUAGAAUAAGUUCUUUUUCUCCAUGUUUGGUUCUCCGAAGUCGGAGAGUAUAGCUUUGUUUUUCUUUUUUCUUUUUUUUUUUUUUCUUAGAGUAGUAGUAGAGAGCUAGUGUGAGCAAGUGUUUUAUGGUGUGGUGAGUCAUGGUUGAACUGUUUGGUAAACUUUUGUGCAGCAAAUAAGGGUUAUGGCAGCAAAGGGACAUCCAAUAUAUAAGAUGAACUUCAGCAUCUCUCUCUAUCAUUCAUAUCUAAUAUCACAAUUGUGAUUUGUUAA